AUGGAUGACCCAAGCCAGCAUUUCCCGCCUGGCUCGCUGCCCGAAGGAGAGCCGGCGCCAGCGCAGGCUGCGGCGGAGGGCAUGGAAGACGCGGAGAACCUUCUCGACGACAUGCUCGAGGCGGCCGAGGCCGCGCGCCACGAGACCGAGCUGACUCUAGCGCCGCAGGCGCCCGACGAGAAUGAGCCGUUUGUGACUAUGGCGGGUGUGACUGCAGGCGAUGUGACGGAAGGAGUGGUGGAAGAAACUGUGACUUAUCACGGUGUGACUGAAGGAGAGGUGCCUGAAGCGGAAGCAGGUGAAGGCGAGGGGUUUGAUCUAAAUAUGGAUGCUGGUGGGGGUGGGGGUGGUGCGGCGGCGGUUAUGAUCACCGAGGGUGCAGCAGCUGAGACCGAACCAGGGACCGGACCAGGAACCGAUCCUGGUUCGGGUUUGGGUGUUGCCGAGCCUGAGAGUCUGCCGGUCGGGACUGAGGAGCAGGCUCGGGAGACUAUUGGCGAAUACCAAGAGGUGGGCGGAGAGGGCGGGGAUGGCCAUAUCAUGCAACAGGCAAUGGCGGGUGCUUAUGAAGAGGGAGGCAUGGCGGAGGGCGAGCAGCCGAGAGCUGACGCGGAAAUGGGUGAAGCAGCGGAAGGAACUCAUCCGGAGGGUGCUUAUAUCGAGCAACCAGUGCAGUACGAAGGUGUGCAGCAGCAGGAGCACGUGGGCGCAGAGCAGGCAGAGACAGCAGAGCAAAUGCAGAUGGCACCUACCCCAGAUGAGUCUGCUGUAGCGCACCAGCAACCAGCUGUAGCUGAGCAGGAGGCAGGUGAGGCCUGGCAGGGCGAGGCUGUAGCACAGGCCGAAGCGGCUGUAGCAGGGUACGAACAUGGUGAAGGGCCUGCUGUAGCUGGGUAUGAUGCGGCUUUCCCUGGCCAGGAGGCGGCUGUUGCUGAAACUGGCGGAGGUGAGACGGCAGAGGGGCAGGUUGUAGCACCGGCUGAAGUGGGCGAAAUGGUUACCGCUGCUGCUGUUGGCGAAGGAGAGGUGGGCACAGGAGCGAACGAGGGUGGCAUGGGUGCAGAGAGCUUCGUGCAAGGCGACGGGGGAAUGGCGACAACAGCAGAAGCGCAAGGGACGGUGGCAGAGGGAGAGGGGGCGGCGGGGUAUUCUCAACGCAUGGAGGCAGUUUCUGAGGGACAGUAUGGGGAGGAGGCAGCAGUGCCUGGGGCGCUCGGGGAAGGCGGAGGGGGAGGGGGCGGGGGAGAGGGCGAGUAUGCUGAUGCGCACAUGGAAGCGGGAGGGGAAGGGGGAGAAGGUGGCGCGCUAGUGCCUGUUGCAGGGCAGGCGGAAGCAGGAGCAGCAGCAGGCGGGGAAGGGGGAGUAGCACCUGGGGGCGAGGGGGCAGCGGCAGCAGCAGCGGAAGCAGCAGCAGCAGAGGCAGCGGCGGAGGUGGCGGCGCACAUAGAGGCGGCAGAGAGGGUGGUGGUGCAGUCGCAGCUGCCGCAGCCCCCACCGUGCCCGCUGUGGGCAACUCGCAAGGAGCCGCUAGAGGAGGAGCUGCGAGCGCUGGUGUUCGCCACCGUGCCGUCUCAACUGGCCUCGCCCGACCACCACCGCUGGCUCGAGAUCGCCGAUGCCUGGCGCCGCCGCAGAGAGGCCGCCCCUGCCGCCCUCCUCCUGGACGGCGGUGGGGCGGCAGCGGGCGGCGGCGGGUAUGUGUCCCCGGAUGGUGUGAGGGGCCGCGGGCGGGGCAGGGGGAGGGGCAGGGGGCGCAGGGGGAGGAGGGGUAGCAUGCAUGCGUAUGGGUAUGGCGGAGGCAGGGGGGAGGGGGGGUACGGGGGUUACGGGGGAUAUGGGGGGAGCGGGGGCUUUGAGGGGUAUGGGAUGGGGGAGAUGGGAGGAGGGAUGGGUGGGGAGGGCGGAGUGAUGGUGCCGAGCGGGGGUGGGACGCCCCCGGGAUUGCCAUCCGCGGGCGCGGCAGGGGCAGGGGGCGUGGCAGGGGGCGGGGGCGGGGGGAGGGGGAGGGGGCGCGGGCGCAGCUGGCACCUGGUGGGGGUGGAGAUCGUCCCCUCGUACGGGUCUGAUGGGGAGGAGAUGGGCGCAGAGGGGGAGGAGCGGGCGGGGGGCGCAGGGGGAGGCGCAGGGGGAGGGGGAGCAUCUAUGGGCACGCGGCCAGUGGUGGCAUGGGCGGAGGUGUGGCCGGGGAAGCUGGAGGAGCUGGUGGAUAGGAAGGACCAUGCGGGGGUGGCUGCCGCCCAGGUCAUGACGGCCGCUGUGGUGGCCCGGGCGGCGUCGGCAGCGGUGCGGGCGGCAGCAGAGGCGGUGGCGGUGUUCAAAGAGAGGGCGGUGGCUGCUGCCUGGGCGGAGAAGAAGGGGGGUUGCGGGGGCGAACGGGGCGCUUGGGGGAUAUGGGGGGCAUGGGGGGUAUGGCGUGCAUGGCGGAAAUGGGGGGUAUGGAGGGUAUGGUGCAGGAGCUACUACUACGGCGCGUAUGAUAUGGAGGAAGAGGAGGAGGAGCCGGAGGAGGACGACGAGGGGGACGAGUUUGUGGCGUAUGGAGGGGUGGAGGAAGUGGGCGGGGUAGGGGGGGGAGAGGAGGAGGAAGAGGAGGAGGUAGUGGUGGUGGAGGAUGAAGAGGAGGGGGAGGAAGAGGAGGAGGAGGAGAAGAGGGUGUGGGGGUUGAAGCUGCCACACAGGUUCCAUGUGGGCACUCCUGUGGAGGUAAGCAGCAGUCAUUGGGAGGGAGGGGCCUUGUAUGGCGAUUUCAGGGCAAUGCACGCUGGGGUGAGUGGCGGUUCCUGCAAGAGAUUCCGUAGCGGACUGAAGCAUUGCACGCCCGUGCCACAUGGUGCUGUGUGCACCGCCUUCCCACUCCCCCGCGACUCUGGUUCGCUGUUCUCUCCCCCGCGACUCUGGUUCGCUGUUCUCUCCCCUGCGACUCUGGUUCGCUGUUCUCUCAUCCGCCUGCCUGCACACGCAUCCAUGACCUUCUCUCCUUCUCUCUUUGCCUCCUUGUCUCUGUGCCUCCUUGUCUCCCCGCCGCCGCUCUGUGGCUUCGAACGAGGAGGGGUUGAGGGGCAGCUGGUUCACGGGCACGGUGCUGCAGCUCGAUGCACGGCGGGCGCUCGUCCGAUACGACCAGCUGCUGGACGACGCGGGUGGUGGGAGGGGGUGAUAACAGCGCUGCCAGACGAUCCAGCAGCCAGCAUGGCCACUGUCGAGUUCCCAGGCUAUGGGGAGAUGGCACAGAAGCAGCUGACGUGGCAGCAGCUGCGGCCAUCGAUGGUGUUUGAUGUGCGCGGAAGGGGGUGGGUGAUGGUGCGCGCCCAGGCCGUGGGGGAGGGGGCGCAGGAGGUGGAGGAGGAGGAGGAGGAUGAUGAGGUGGAGGAGGUGGUUCCGGCUCCCAUGGGGCAUGUCAGGGUGAGUGGGUGA